UUUGCGUUCACAUGUUCGUAAUGGUUAUGUUUUGUAUGCCUAGUGGACGUGUAAUAUAAAAUCGGGCUUCCAGUGUAGUUUCGCACUAUUGAGCGUCAUCAAUCAUUAUUGCACUAAAAUCAAUUUAGUGGCUCAUAAAUUUCGGAUAACAGCGAUUGUGCCGGCAAAAACAUGUCAGUAAAGUUUAAAGACCGUUAUAAUUUGUCGUGUUCGGACCUGAAGUUUAUGACGAAAGUGGCGAACAAUCCCGAUUUUCCUCAUGCAGCUGAGGAUGUCGCAGCUCUACGCAAAAGGAAAGCGUGUCGGCAACGGAGUUUUAAGUAUGGCCUGGUGCAUUCCGAUCUGCAACUGCCGAAAUGCAAACAGGAGAAGCUGAGGCACUCCACUCUGGAGCCUGGAUGUAACGUCGAUUUGUCGGCUAAGAAGGAGAGUUUUGGAGGCUUUGCCAGAUGGUGGAGAAAAUUGAAGAUUCGCCUGCACAAACGAUGUGAGAAAGCAAGCAAGGAUGGUAGCAAGGUGACCACAGUGGUGGCGACUCCUGGCCAAGGCCCAGAUCGACCUCAAGAAGUCAGUUACACUGACACGAAAGUGAUCGGCAAUGGGAGCUUUGGAGUGGUCUAUCAAGCAAAAUUGUGCGAAACCAAUGAAUUGGUCGCCAUCAAGAAGGUGCUUCAAGAUAAACGGUUUAAGAAUCGUGAGCUCCAGAUCAUGAGGAAAUUAGAGCAUUGUAAUAUAGUUAAACUUAAAUACUUUUUCUACUCCAGUGGAGAUAAGCCACCAGAUGUUCCCUGCAACAUGUCGAUUUUCUUGGCAACUCAGCAGAAAGACGAGGUGUACCUGAACCUGGUUUUGGAAUACAUACCCGAAACGGUGUACAAGGUGGCACGACACUAUAGUAAAUCCAAACAAACUAUCCCUAUUAGCUUUAUUAAGUUAUACAUGUAUCAACUGUUCAGAUCUCUGGCUUAUAUCCACUCAAUGGGGAUCUGUCACAGGGACAUAAAGCCUCAGAAUUUGUUGCUGGAUCCAGAAACGGGCAUUCUUAAGCUUUGCGAUUUUGGCAGCGCUAAACAUCUGGUGAAAGGAGAACUGAAUGUUUCUUAUAUUUGUAGCCGAUAUUACAGGGCCCCUGAAUUGAUAUUUGGAGCAAUCGACUACACAACUAGAAUUGAUGUGUGGUCGGCAGGAUGUGUUUUAGCUGAAUUGCUUUUAGGCCAGCCAAUUUUCCCCGGUGAUUCAGGUGUGGAUCAACUGGUUGAAAUUAUCAAAGUUUUAGGCACACCGACUAAGGACCAAAUCAAAGAGAUGAAUCCCAACUAUACUGAGUUCAAGUUCCCACAAAUAAAAUCUCAUCCCUGGCAGCAGGUGUUUCGUGCUCGCACUCCUCCUGAAGCCAUUGAGCUGGUGGCUCGCCUACUGGAAUACACCCCGUCAGUUCGUAUUACUCCAUUGGAGGCCUGUGCGCACCCUUUUUUCAAUGAACUGCGAGAACCAGGUACCCGCUUGCCGAGUGGUAACGAGUUGCCGCCCCUCUUCAAUUUUACAGAUCAUGAACUAAGUAUACAAUCCUCGUUGAAUAACAUUCUAAUCCCACGCGGUAUGCAAUCAAACCAAAACCAAGCAGAAGGUGGGCCAACGCAGGACAGUAGCGCUUCAGGGGCUGGAGCCACGUUGGAUCAUGCUGCGGACAAUCCGGCCCUGACAAAUGCUUCUGGUUCCGCCGUUGCCUAAAAUUCAGGGCUUGUAUCUUUAGCGAUGAUCAGGAGGAGCUUAGCAGUAGUUGGGGCGUUUGUAUCCUCCGCGCUAGGCGGAUUGGGUACCGUUUUUCUUGCGUGCGCUGGUAUUUGUGUACAGGACAGUGUGAGACUAUCGACUAGUGGCUGAGGCACUGCUUCACAAUGCUUCGUUUUGUCUUCAAUUAGUGCUAGUGGAUACGCAAUUUGACGAUUCAUGUUGGAAAAUCAGGGUGCGCGCACUCUUUAUUGCUGAAUACAACUGUACGAUUUUUCUGCGGACGACGCUACCAGGGUCAAAACCAUGCGAUUUGCGCCCGGCCCCUUGAUAGCCAACUUUAUUCAAUAAAACUGUUAGAUGGCAUUUUUAAGCUCCCUCUUAAGCAACACCAAUGGCUACAAGGGCGUUUGGCGCCCGUUCAAAUUUCUGUGUAAAUAUUCUCACUUUUUUUCUCUACUAAAUCCUUAUCAAUUAUAAUUAUUAAUUUGUAUGUAUAAUAGGUGUGUUGUUCGCGCGACAUUUACUACAAGAAAAGCAAACUUGGUAAAAUGUUAUUUCAUAGUUGAUAUUUUUAAUUACCCAAUUUUAACACGAAAAAAUAACACAUUCUGAUUUUAUUUAUGUCUUCUUUUCUUUAUGCCUGUAGUACGGGAUUGAACCCAUGAAUAUAAUAAUUUUAAGUGUCCGGGGCUGGUUUUUAUUGCGGUACUUUUGCGCUCUUAUUUCUUCAAUGAAUAACAAUUUUCACCAAUUUGCUAAUUAUCACGCCUACGAUACUUUAAUCAAUGCCCAAAUAGUCCAGCUAUUUUUUGCGCAGCAAUAGUUUGAUAAAAUCUAUAUCAAUUCAUUCAUCAUUCACACAGAAAUUCGUCGUUAAUAGGGAUGUCAUUUUCGAUAUGGGAACUAGAGUUAACGUUCACUAGCAGUCGGAGAAGUCAGUUUUGUCUUGGGAUUUCAUGAGAUCACUUCAAACUUUUUAAUAAUUGGGAUUUUCAUUCCGUUUUUGUAAGGGUCGUCUACGACAUUAACUUUAUUACUUUGACGCUAAUAGCAUUGUGUUCUAUACCUCGGUCAAUUUACCUACUCAAAAAAUACGUACAAUUUUAAAAAAUCGUUCCAAAUCUGCUUUUUUUUACUGUAUUACUGCUGCUUCUGGGACUUGCCGCAAUAUACAGAAUGUUGCACUCUCAGUAAUCAUCUUUUAUUGAUUGGGUUGAUUAUUAUUGGUAUUGGUCCGCUUAAAAUUGGGGUAUUGUUAAUUCCUAAAUUUCAAAAUCGUUUUGCUGUUGCCCUAUUAUAUUCCAUGUUAAACUUGAAAUUUUUAAACACACUCUAUACGAUGUGACUAAUAAAAUCUAGAUUUCAAUCACUUUCUUUGGUUCAAGAGGCGUCAUGCUGUUUGGUUGAUUUUUGGACAUAGAUAAAAUAUCCUAGCAAGGGGUCAGAUGUAGUUUUGAGUAUCAGACUCUUGAGAAUGGAAAUAAUAAUUCACUUUAAUGCAAACCAAAGGAGAUGACGGCUUUAGGCAAAAAUAAUGUGUUUUAUGAACGGUACUGGUAGGUGAAAAACGUCUCUUCAAGCUUAAGAAAAAUAGUGAAGGCUAAGCAAAAUGAUUGCUUAGUUGUUGCUUUUUUUUUUCAUUUGAGAAUUUGACAAUUACCUUCAAUUUCUUUUUAUAACUGUUCAUGUCUAUUUUAAUCUGAAACGAGGAUCUCAAUCGAUGUAGAUCAAAAUUGGCUGUUUCUGUUUACUUGUAUAAAAUCGCUUUUGAACUGUAAACGCAUGAAGAACCAGCUUUGGCCUUUAGAAAUUAUUGUUAGCUACCCACGUACUAGAGAACGUAGAAACGAGGGAGAAAUGUAUAGAAAUUUACCUAUUUAGCUACUGUGAGGUUUCCGGAAAAUCCAAUACAACCAGUUUGGAAUCUUUGUGUUCUUUUAUUCGGAAAUAUUUCGAUUUUUUGUUCUAUUCACAGCUUUUGCGUGCGGCCAAAGAAGUGUAUUGGUUUCUUCGAAACCCUCCCAAUGUUUAGUCAUCAACUCUCAUUAAUUGUUGUAUGUUAUUAAUUAAAAAAGUUUUACACAUAAUUUAAUUUUUGGUGUUAUUACAUUUUAACUCUUGAUUUUUUACUAGAUUUUAUGUUUAGGCGGUUGAUUCGCAACCGAAAGCAACCUAGAUGUACAUUUUCCGUAGGCUCAUGUUUCGUCAAACUAUCAGUAAUGCUUUGAAUUGAUUUCAUGCAGUUUGUUUUCGAAUAGAUCUCAUGCUUGGAAUCUUUGUGCUUUAUCUCUACCUUUAAGGCAUCAACUAACAGAGAAAUGUGUGGAUGAAAUGGUUUUUCCGGUAAUUAGACAUAGACAAUGACAAUAUGCAGGCCUAUAGCUUCAACAUUUUCUAAUUAAGAAAAAAUACACAUUAUAUUUCCAAAUGCUCUGUCGCACCCUUAGAAAAUGUAUAUCUAGAUAGUGUUAGCGUACCUAUAUUAAUAAUAAUAUUAAUGAUAAUAAUACAAGUUGGAGCGGUCAAACUAAUUUUAAGUGUGGCACUAAAGAAGGUGUGUGAACGGUAUACAGUACGAUGUGAUCUGAGAUAAAGUUGUUUGAAGUGGCUCAAUGUUGAAUGGACGGAUCGAUUCCAUUCCCUCCAUUGGACAGAUUUACCACCUUCCAUUAGAGGCAGCUUUUGUUUGGCUGAAUUUUUGUGAUAAUUUAACGUAGUCGUUUUAAAUGUCACAAAAACCACUGCCCAGUUUGUCCAAUUUAAUGAGUAAAUAAAUCUGACGACUCAUAGGUACUAUAUUACUACCUAACUUUUAUAGCUUUUUGCUUUAGAGAAUUAAAUGAAAUCGAGUGACAAAUCUCUAUAUUUAGCUAUAGUAAAGUGCAAUGCAUUAAAAGUGUUUACGAAUUAUUGAAAAACAAAUAAAGUUCGGUACACAAACACCUCACGACGUAUUGAAGGCGAGAUGAUUUUUUUGCUAAAAUAUAUUUUUGUGAUCUAACCCAAUCUCCAGUCUUGCAACAGCUUGGAUAUUUCUCUGCAUGGAAGUAUAUUUUAGCAACUGGCCAUCUUUAAGUAACUUAGUAAGAAUCUUAAUUCUGUGCACUAAUAAAAUCAUUUUUAUCGCGGAAAAUGUAAAAAUGAAAACUCUGUAAAGUGUGUUUAAUUAAAUUAUUGAUUUUAUUUGUGAAAGGAUAUUUUAUUAUGUUUAGUUUUUCUCUGCUGGACCUCGACAUCGGCCGGCAGCGUUCAUUUAAUGUGGCUCUAGGCACGUUAUACUUUCAAGGCCCUGUAGAUUAUAUUAUGGAACGCUUGUUUUUAUUAAUUAUUGUAUAUAUAAUUUUAAUUGAAUAAUAAAAUAAUGGAAUUUAUUUAAACGAUUAUUGUUAUGGAGGUACUUUUGUGAUUACAAUACAUACUGCUCUAGAGUAGACAAGUCAAAUAUAACAUAUCACAAA